GACCGCCGCAACAUUUUCAUUCUCGACAACCCGCUACACCGAAGGACCAUUCCCUCGAGAUACCUCAUAUCCUCUCUUUCCGAUCGAUUUGAGAAUCUCGACUCUCCACAACCGCCAAAAUGGUCAAGACUUCCGUCCUCAACGAUGCCCUCAACGCCAUGAACAACGCCGAGAAGGCCGGCAAGCGUCAGGUUCUGAUCCGGCCUUCUUCCAAGGUCAUCGUCAAGUUCCUCACCGUCAUGCAGAAGCACGGCUACAUUGGCGAGUUCGAGGAGGUCGAUGACCACCGCUCCGGCAAGAUCGUCAUCCAGCUGAACGGCCGUCUCAACAAGUGCGGUGUCAUCAACCCCCGCUACCCCGUCCAGCUCCGUGACCUCGAGAAGUGGGCUACCCAGCUCCUUCCCUCCCGUCAGUUCGGCUACGUCGUCCUGACCACCUCCGCUGGUAUCAUGGACCACGAGGAGGCUCGCCGCAAGCACGUUGCUGGCAAGCUCCUCGGCUUCUUCUACUAG